AUGUCGUCCUUUUUCGAGUCACCUCUCGGAAGUCGUAAUUUUUCGACUUUCGACGCUUUUAAGAAUGCAAACGAUCUCACCAAACCCGUACAACAACAUUUGAUCAAAGUUUACGCAACACUUGCAACAACCUGUUUGAUAGCUGCUGCUGGAUCAUACGCGCACAUUUCGGGUCUCUUCUUAUUUGGGGGCGGUUUUCUCUCAUUUUUAAUAGGUUUCGCUUCGUUGAUUGGAAUCAAGGCUUUUCCCAAUAUACCCGAUAAUAAGAAUAUACGUUAUGGCCUUUUAUUUAAUUUCGCUUUCAUGGAAGGAUUAUCAAUUGGUCCUUUGGUUGAUUACUCUCUUCAGAUUGAUUAUUCCGGUCGAAUUCUAUUAAUUGCAACCGCCUUUACUAGUUUAAUCUUUGGUUCUUUUACCUUGAGUUCUUUGUUAAGCAACAAGAGAAUUUUUAUUUAUCUUGGGGGUUUAUUGACCUCCAUUAUCAGCUUAUUGACUUUGAUGUCACUUAUUAAUCUGUUUAUUGGCUCAAGAUUAUUAUUUACUGCGGAGCUUUAUCUUGGAUUGUUCAUGUUUUGUGGUUAUGUUAUCUUUGACACCCAGCUUAUUAUUUAUCAAGCUACAUACCUUUCCUCUCGUGAUGUUGUCCAACACUCCCUUGAACUUUUCAUUGAUCUUGUCGGUAUUUUUGUCAGGAUCUUGCAUAUUUUGAUUAAAAAUUCCGAAGAUAAUGAAAAAAGAAGACAUAAUAAUAGCAAACGAAACAACAGAAAAACAGCAUAUGCUGGAUAUUAA